GAGACGGACGCGAGGAACACGUGGAGUCGGGCUAGAGAGGCCGGGCUUGCCCAGGGAGCGGCGUGCGGCGGGCUUCCGUUUCCGGCUACGGAGGCGCGAGGAUCCGCGGCCGGCCCAGCCAGCGAGACGAUGCGGCCUUUGACCGAAGAGGAGACCCGUGUCAUGUUCGAGAAGAUCGCGAAAUACAUCGGGGAGAACCUGCAGCUGCUGGUGGACCGGCCCGACGGCACCUACUGCUUCCGGCUGCACAACGACCGCGUGUACUACGUCAGUGAGAACAUCCUGAAGCUGGCCGCCAAUAUCUCCGGGAACAAACUCGUGUCACUCGGGACCUGCUUUGGAAAAUUCACCAAGACGCACAAGUUCCGCUUGCACGUUACAGCUCUGGAUUACCUCGCUCCUUAUGCCAAGCAUAAAGUGUGGAUAAAGCCUGGAGCAGAGCAGUCCUUCCUGUAUGGAAACCAUGUGUUGAAAUCUGGUCUGGGUCGAAUCACUGAAAACACAUCUCAAUACCAGGGGGUGGUGGUGUAUUCCAUGGCGGACAUUCCUUUGGGUUUUGGAGUGGCAGCAAAGUCGACACAAGAUUGCAGGAAGGUUGACCCCAUGGCGAUUGUGGUAUUUCACCAAGCAGACAUUGGAGAAUACAUACGACAUGAAGAGACACUGACCUAAAACAAAGUCACUGCAAAGAUUUGCAGCUGUGUGGAAAGGCCUAACUUUGUCUCCUGUGUAUGCAAAUGUCAUCAUCAAUGUAGAAUUUUGUCAGGACUUCCACCUCCAUGGAGACUUUUUAGUUUAAUAUCCCAUCCCAUUGCUGACUA